CUCCAUUUUGGUUGGCUCGUUGAAGUCUGUCUAUUGUGUUAUCCGUUUGCCAACGCUGGAUCCCAAUAUCUCAGAAUAUCCGGAGAAGUUUUUGAAUUUUCCACAUGCAGUUGGCUUUCCUUCCAAAACUCCAAUGAACAGGAUGCCUUCUGCGGUUGCGAGUGGUGGGUCUCAGCCUCUCCAUAUGCAACCAGUUCACUCAGGCCCGGUGAUAUCAAGUUCUCUAAAUUUGCCAAACACCCUCCCACCUGGAAUGCUCCAUUCGGGUCAUGGUAUCCAAAUGUCUGGUCCUCAUGACCGCGAGCCUGCUACACCAGCUUCAGGUUCUGGACCAAUACCAGGCCAUUAUUUCUCCACUCUUGGUAUGAAUCCUGGUUCCCCUCAUCCUAUCCCAAAUAUGGUCCCACAUGGUCAUCCUAGCCAGUUCCAUCACCAUCCACUACUAUCAUUGAAUCGACUACCGCAUUUGAUAGGUCAACCAGAGCUACGGAUAUUUGAAAUGAAUAAGCGAUUACAACAGCGCAGCGACGACUGUGAUAGUUUGUGGUGGGAGUCAUUUGCUACUGACUUUUUUGAAGAUGACGCAACACUUACUCUUGCCUUUUUGACGGAAGAGGGUCCAAAAAGUUACACAAUCGGGCGAACGCUCAUUCCUCGUUAUUUUCGCAGUAUAUUUGAAAGUGGAUGCGGUGAACUUUAUUACAAUCUUAGAUUGAACCAUGAAUAUUUUCAUCAUCCAAUUUUAACUCUGGAUUCAGAAUCUGCAACGAUGACUAUGACUAUGGUUAGAUCUAUUCCUGUUACGGUUGUUGUGGAAGGUCGAUUAACACUCGAUUUCGCUUUUGAUGAUUUAAUGAGGAUUCGGUCGUGGAUUUUUCUCAUCCGAACUCAUCGUGAAAUGAUAAUGCGCUCAAUGCUUGGCAUUCAAGACCCAGCUUUUUUAGAUCAACUAUCCAAGAACAUUACCAGAUACGGCAUGACAAAUACCACCCUCAAUUUCUUUCGAUUAUGUAUAAUUCUGGAACCAAUGCAAGAACUGAUGUCGCGUCAAAAGGCAUAUAGUCUUACACCACGUGAUUGCCUUAAAACCACUUUAUUUCAGAAAUGGCAGAGAAUGAUGCCCCAAGAAGCUACACGCCAACCUAGCAAACGACGUAAGCGUAAAGGUAGUUCAGCAACAACUGAAGGUGCAAAUAAUACAAGUCGAACAUCAAAGCGCAAACAGUCACCUAUUCCGCUACAAUCCCAUCAUAUUGCUCAACCUGGGGAUGUGAUGAUUGUUGGUGAACCAACUCUUAUGGGUGGGGAUUUUGGUGAUGAGGAUGAACGUUUGAUAACUCGAUUAGAAAAUACUCAGUAUGAUGCCGUGGCUGCUGCUGCAGCCAAUUCAGGCGUUAUGGCUUCGCAUAUAAAUUCUGGCCCUUUUCCCGGAUCUGGCGAUUCUCCUGCUGGUAUCAUAUCUUCCCCAUUAGGUUUAAGUUCAGGAGGAAACAUGUUAAAUUCUAACCAACCACAGCAACAGAUAAACUCCCUUCAGUUUCGUGCGGGUCCAAUGUCUUCAGGUGGAUCAAAUCAGAGUAUGCCACAUGAAGGUGUUUUUCCCGGUAAUCUUACUUCUUUGCAACAGAAUCAACCAGUUUCUAUGCCUCCUAGUCAAUCGUUUUAUUCAAGUUCAGCGCCAAAUAGAAAUUUGCAUCAUCACUCUCAAAUGAUGGGACAACAAUUUAUGCCAGUAUUUACCAAAGCCCAAAUGUCAGCUUCUAAUAUGCUUAAUAGAGGUGAUCACUAUAUGCCAUCAGGAAAUGGAGAUGCCGUGCAUCAACCAACUCGGUCAAGUAGUGCUUCGUCUUUAGUUGACGGUACAAAUGGUUUGAGUGGGUUCCCUCACUGUGCCUCUCCCAGUCUUCUUCCCUCAAGACCUCCUGCACGUUUCACCCCGCCUUCUCUUCCGAAUGGGUUAAGUUCUUCGGUUGUAUCAUCUCAACAGUCAAGCUUUAUGAUGCCAAAUGAAGUGAUGGGCAGUGGAGGUACGCAAAUGGGACAUGUCUCUGUUCCCGGUACCCCUUUGACUUCUCCACUGACCUCCUCCUCUUUUACAAUGGAUAUGAUGGAUAAUCAAAAUGUUCUCCAUUCUGCACCCUCAACUUUGAUUUCUACAACUAUCAAGUCAAAUAAUUCUCCUAUGCUGUACAAUUCAAUCGGAACAAGCUGUAGUGGAAAUCAGUCGACUCCAGAGUGUAAGUAUUUGUUUAUCUGUGUAUUUUUAUAGAAUGUUACCUACCCAAGGAUUCUAUGAUUUCAGAGAUAUAUUGCCUUGUGUAGAGUGACUUGGUUUUAUAUUACUACGGUUUUUCUGUUAGUAAAACCAUUAACCGUCAAGUACUAUCGAUCAGGUGACGUUCAGACAUGAUUUUUUGGGCUUUUACCCUGAAGAAGCACUUUUGUUGCUUAUUAAGAACAAUAUCUUCAACAUGAACUCAUUAUUAACUUCUAUACCGGAAACAAACAUCUUUUUUGAUUGUCGUAUAGUUUCGAUCUUGAUUGCUUUAUUAUAUAUUUAUCCGUGCACCGAGUUGAUAUAAAUCUAGUUUUAAAAGCAUCUUAUCAAACGAGACGACCAACAGAAGCACAUGUAGUUGUAUCUUCGUGAGUUUAUUUUACUUAGUUGAUCUGAUCACCUCAUAUAUCAUACAAGAAUAUUAUAAACUAAUUUGUUAACCCGUGUUAACAGAAUUUGUUUAUCCUAUUCUUUUUCGGUAGUGUCUCGUCAUCUGUCUGUAUCAUUACUACCUCUCAAUUACAUUGAUGAAAUCGGUGAGAUUAACACUGACUAAUAAAAUUGAUCUUUCUGAUGGUGAUUCAACAGAUCUGUGUGCUUGGUUUGAAGAGAUUAUAUGAGAGCUAGUGGCAUUGUCCAGCUGUCCAAAAUUAAGUCUGUGGGACCGUGACUCGAACAUGGAAUCUAGUAGUUGAAAGCCGAAAACCUUAACCACUAAACCAACACUUCACAGCUGAAUGAUAGUAGACUGUUCAUACGACAACAUUUCUCGAUUAGAAAAUCUCACUCAUAAGAAGUUGACUUUUUUGAUACUGGCUUCUAUUAACAUCUUACCUUUCAGCUAUAAUGCACCCGACAAUAAGUGGUAUAGGAUGCGAUGUUUCUUCGGCUGUGAUGAAUGAUAAUGAAGAUCUUAAGAUGAUUAAUAAUAAUGGCGCACCCUCACGUCCCACUGCUGCUGAAUCAAUGUGAAUUGAGAUCUCUGGAAGAAAGCAUCACAAUGGAGCUAUACUGCAUUUUACAAAGUGGAUAUAAUUUCCAUUUUUUCCACUGGCUAUCAAGCGAAACUAAUUACGAAUUUUGCACAAAGAUAAACGAUACUCUACAACUCCAACUGAUCCAUCCAAACACUAUCUUGUUCAUUGGUAUUUUUUUGUUCAACGACUAAUUAUUCACUAAGCAUAUAUAUAUAUAUAUAUAUAUGCCAAAUCGUGAGCUCAUUUUCUUCUACAAAUGUCUAAUUUACAACCUCUUUCAUUGCCAAAUAAGUAACUAUUCCUUUCUCUACACUUCCCCAAAUCUUCAGUAAUUCUACUUCAUAUUUUCAUUUGUACAUAUUUUUUGCAUAUGUACCCAUGAAUAUAUAUAUAUAUAUAUAUAUAUAUAUAUAUAUAUAUUCAGAUCGUUUCUUGUAUGUUAUAAUUAUAUUUGAAUAUUUGAUUCCAUUUGAGAUCUUCAAUUAUCCUUGUUAUUGACAACUUGACAGUUGGGGUAUUCUUUUAUGCAUCAGUCCAGAUUUUCAACCCAUUUCAGUCCCAGAAGACCUUUAGUUCUGGUCACAUUUUGUCGGUUAGGCAACAAACGUAAUAACAACGUCCAACUGCUACCUCAAUCCAUUACCCUAGUUCUUUUGUCAAGACUUAGAUUCACGUAGUUUAUAUCCUGAUCAAAUGCACUGGUAUCUGUCUUUUUGGUUAACCAUACAUAUUAUUUGCGGUCUGUCGUUGUUUGUCUCUACUGCUGUAUACAUACAUAUACAAAAGUUGUUUUUCUUGUCGAUAUUAUUUCUGAGGGUUUCGCCUAACCAAUAAUAUAUUGAUCGUAUUUGAGGAAUGUUAUGAAUUUGAAGGUAUUAACCUUAACAGACUAUUUGCUCAUUCAGUAAAAAUAAGUCCCAGUGCAAGGAAUUCGGUUAAAAUGUAUAUCUUGUAACAACAGUUGACAGGUACAACCCCAAAAUCUUUACAUUAAAACAAUUUUCUUAUGACAAGAAGUAAGAUCAGAAGUGUUAGAAUCUUUUUAAAACAUAAUUUAAACUCCUAAUGAGCUGAGUGAUAUAUCUCAUAAUCGUUUAUUGUUGUAUAUUGAACCAUAAUCAACACGUUUAUCUGUUAAUCCUAUCGGAUCCUAUAAGCCAAGAACUACAUUUAGUUUCUUUAGGCUAACACGAUGAUGGGUAUUUUUAGUUUCAGAUAUUUGAACUAUCUAAAACCAUAUUCAUUGACAUGUUUCAAUUUCCUUUUUGUACCUGAUGACACAAUCCAAAUAUAUUCAGUUUUUUAAAAGUUCCGUUUAAUAUGACUGAUGCAUUGAUCAUAAUCUUUGAAAAACUGGCAGUUGUUGAACUAAUGAGAUAUUACUACUUACAGGAGGGAGUGUUUUUUUCUGACUAACACUUGCAUCAAUUAAAUAUAUGUAUAUAUAUUAUAUAUUACAGGAUAUAUUUAAAUAGUCCGUUCGUUGUUAUAUGUAGGAACGUUUUGUCCAUUCCAUCUCAAACCAUUAUGUAUAUUCUGUCUAACAAUGGUUUUCAGCGAGUGUAUGUUACCUGUAUAUAAGUAUCUCAACAACAAUUCAAAAUUAAGCUUUAUCCUAAUUACCAAAGAGACGUCUCUAUUUUCGUACGUUUUUCGAGCCUUAACUGUAUGUUAACAGCAUAUAAAGGUGAUAUGUUGGUAAUGUUAUCUUGUGGAACAAUACAACUGACAGUAUGAGAAAACAUGUGUAGCUAACUGAUAAUUUAUGGAUGCAACUUCAAACUAAUCAUUUUACGAGUUCCAACUUUGUUUAUCUACUUUUGUUUGUUUCACGACAAUGUAUUCCAAGUGUCAUUUAAAUCAUGUACAUAGACAUAAUUCUCUUCAAUAGGUAUUAUCAUAUCUGGUAUUACUUCAUACCAUUCUGUUUAAUACAUUUUAUGUUUUCAAUAAGUAACAAUUUACUGCUUAUUAUGUAACUUCACUCAACAUUGUAGACAUUCUAGGGAAUGUAGGAUUUUUGCUUUGUUCACUAUCUUACUGGUAUCAUUUUUAAAUGCACUGCAAUUUAAUAUUUAUAAACGUGAACGAAAAACUUGACCAAAAUUUUUUUGUUGUUGUUGAACCUAUUGUCUGUUAUAACGGAACUUGUCUUAAUUUUUACCGAAUAUAAUCUUGUACAAACUUUACUGUUCAUUGGUCACUUUCUAAUUUCUCAUCAAUGCCUGUCUAUCAUCUUCUUGUAUACGUGUAUUUUGUUUGCCUACAUAAUUCAUAAAUAACAAUCCACAAUGUAUCGUCUAUUCUGUAUGUAUGUCUAUCUAACCAUCCUUCCCUAGUCACACACUUCUGUAUCUGUACUUAUCGAUUUUGUUUAAUACGCAAAUGUUUGUUUUCCUCUUCCCUUCCAAUGGUAUUCUUUUUUUUUUUUAAUAUCUCGAACAUUACUUUGAUUGAAUUUGAGAUAGUGGCUAGCAAUCAUAUCCAGGGCUAGCACUUCAUCCUACGAGAAACUUCAAAUUGAUAUAACUGUAAUGCACUAUUUGUGAGUUUAAUAGUAU